ACUUCUGUCAAGAUGAUGAGCCUAGGUAUAUAAAUACCACAUAUCCUCAUUGUACGGACUUUAUAUUGAUUUGCGCCAGUUUUGGUUAGACUAUUAUGGUAAUCAAUCGAACUCGUGUUGGCAUCUUUUUAAAAACUACCUUCCCUCAUUUUCUUCGAAAUAUCGCGUAGUUAAAAUGAAGAUGUAUGUUAUUCCCAUUGUUUUGAUAAGUCACGUUAUUGGAUCUAGUGGCGGCAGCGACUCGAAAUAUAGUGCUGAAUAUGGGGAAUACAUCGGUUGCUAUGACCGCGGAUGCUUACAAUUCCACCACGUCGUCAACUUACUUUCCAACAUCACAGUAACUCCAGGGUCCUGCACACAAGCAUGUAAAGAAAGUGGAUUUCCUUUGGCCGGUGUCUUCAAUCGCUCGAAAUGUUCGUGCUUAUGCCAGCAGACGUGUAGGAGCAAGCCGCUGCCAGACACGUAUUGUGGCGUGCCUUGUCUGGGAGACUCCGGCAUGUUCUGUGGAAGCUUUAACUCUGUGUCUCUAUAUACCGUUUAUAUCAACUCGAGUGAGGAAUGUGGUUCUCCACUACAUAUUAAGCUUGAGGGGACGGGUAAGAAUGGACCGUCAACAGAUCAGAAUGCAAUAAUUACUGAUGGGCACGAUGAAAACCGGAGUCUUGUUAUUCCAAUAACUAUUCCUGCAGUAUGCAUAGCUGUCUUCGUAACAAUUAGUUGUGCCGCACUGAUUCGUCGGCGACUGCGAAACGUUCGUGGAAACGCCACAGCGGUCUUUGUUCAGCAAAAGCCAUUAACUAGCAAGGACGGUCGUGGACGGUCACAUAAACCUAAUCAACAGUAUCAAGGGCUAAAUCAGCCACCCACUUCCGGUAGCCUUCCUGUCCCUGAUGCUGCGUAUGUGCCGAAUCCAGGACGUCGCGACCUUCCAGAGGAUCUGCUAAACCACUAUUACGAAGAAGCUGAUCACCCUAGACUUGACCCGAAAUCACCACAUAGCCAUCGAACCCCGUCAGACCCGUCCAAGAAAAGCUCGACGGACGAGUAUCACGAGUACACUUACGCAAAACCUAUCAAACCGAACUCUAUAAAUGGGGAUGACAGUCACGCAAAUGAAGAUGGAUACAUUACCCCUACGGAUCCUACCCCAACUCCUCCACUUCCUCAAAGACUGUACUAUUCCACCAGAAUAACCAAACCAGAAAGUGAUACUUGUAAGCCUCUCCAAGGCAUCCCUUCACAAGUAUACUAUUCAUCUAAAAUAACCACACCUCCUGUUAAAGAUGAACCUUGUGGACGACAAGUUGCCUAUUAUUCAUCCCGCAUUCACGAACAAGGAGGGACUUAGAUUGUUGUUUUCCUGCCAAUAACUGACAUAAUCGACUUCUGUCAUGUCUGUAAUUGGCUCCGUUUAUAAUGAAAAGAUAAUAUAAAUGGAUAAAUCGGAUAGAAAAACAUUCACUUCUUGUUUAAUAUUUCUUCACGAUAGUUUUAUAAUCCACUACAAAGACUACAUUCAUUACUACUUUGCUGUUUCUUUAUCCGCAUGUCACCUAAAAAAAAAUCAAACAGUUAUUAAGAAAUAUGGUUCAAAGAGAGGUGAAAAAGGCCAAAUUAGAAUGCCUAC